UCCUGCGGGCGAGCAGCGGGAGCGCGGCGAGGAAGCGCUGGGCGCCGCGAUGGGAGGCAGGGCGGUGGGGCUGCUGGUUAUGCUGUUGAUAAUGUCUGGAAACAGAGCAGAGGACUGUGGAGAGGGAGAAUACUUGCACAAAGGUCUCUGCUGUGUCUUGUGCCCAGCAGGUACUUACGUUGCUCAGCACUGCAGUACUCCACACUCAAAAGGAAGAUGUAUCUCUUGCACUGAAGGGGAAGAUUAUACUGCUCAUGCAAAUGGCUUGGAAGAAUGCUUGCUGUGCAGACAGUGCAAAGACGACCAAAUAACUUUGAGAGCCUGUACUCUCACGCGUGACACUGAAUGCCAAUGCAAACAAGGAUACUUCUGCCCUGCUGAGGGCUGUGAAAUAUGUCAAAGAUGCAGUAAAACGUGUCCAGAAGGGAAGGAAAUUGUGCAGAAUUGCAAUGCUACGAUGGACCUAGGAUGUGGCUUACCUGAUCAAGGAAACACAUCUCUUCUUUGGAUUACUGCAAUUAUUUUGGUGGUUGUUGUUUUGGUGGUGGUGGUGUUUAUAAUUAAAAAGCUGAGAUGUGAUAAAGCCACUUCACCUGACAAAGUAGAAAAAGGCCUGGCAUCUGAGGGUAGUACUGAAAGACUAAUUUUAUCAGAAGUGAAAAUUGCAAAUAAUGCAGCCAAUCCAGAUGGUGAAAACUCUGUUAAGAGUCCAGAGGGCCAAGAACAAGCUAGUGUUAAUUUGAACGUAAAAUGCCAAUCACCAGAGGAAAACAGUGUUGUGCAAUCUGGGAGGGGCAUAAUCCUGCAGAAUUUGAGGUGUUCUAUACAAGAUUGUUGGAAGAAGAUCACUUUGGACACUUCAUUAUCUGCAAAAACUGGGCAGAAUCUUGCUUUUUACCAGAAUGCACAAUCUAAAAGACUGAGUGGUAGGAUGCCAGCAAAUCAUAUGGUACAAAAACAAAAAUAUCAAAUAAUUGUUAAAGAUCUCUCUCAAAAAGAACUGAGAGAUAGCUUUUGGGCUUUCAUAAAUGAAGUACCAGUGAAAAAAUGGAGGCGUCUUAUGAGAACUCACCUGAAAGAAAAUGAUAUUGAUAAAAUUAUUUAUGACUGGCCUAAUGACACAGAAGAACAAUCUUACCAGAUGCUUCUCAUCUGGAGAAACACACUGGGAGAGAAACAAUCUAUUAUAAAGUUACUGGAUGAGUUAAGGUAUCUAGAUACCAAGGCUUAUGAUAAUGUAAUGAACACUUUAACAAGUAAUAACAUUAUAAGUAAAAUAGUAGCUACAGAUUAACAUUUUCAAUGAACUUAAAAAAUGCUCCUGUACAUAUAUAUGUCUACAAACUUCCUAUAAUUAGGGAUGCCAAAAACUGCUCAUAGAAGUGGCAGUGCGGAUGUGAUGCCCUCACCUUCCUCCAGGGAGUCAGAAGCGAUUUAACAGUCGAUGCUUAAUCGUGACACAGGCUCCGUUUGCAACAUUGACUAAGGUGCUUUUUUGAGUUGUACUAUAUGAACCUCAAGCAUUGGAUGGCAAACUGAGAGUGAGAAACUUUAGUUUGCCUUUCCUUCAUGAGGCUGUGAAGAAGGACCCUUCCUUCGUGUGCUGUAUGGACCUGGGUGCUCUUUGUGAGAACAGAGCGCCUGAUGUUGUUUUUGACAGAACUGCGUUUUGUUUACGAAUUAAUCGCAUUUUGUUUGUGGUGAGAGCGCGCGGUAUGCGAAGAAGCGUUCUGUUCAAAGCACUGAAAUAAAAAGGCUGUAAAAGAAAAA